AUGUACGUGGAAAAUAAGGACUCACAUCAAGGACCGAUACAAAUCAAAGUUUCACCGACGAUGACACUUUUACAAUUAAAAGAAAAAAUUCAUAAAGAAUUAGGGAUACCUGUAAACAUACAAAGAUGGAUUUUAGGAAAAACUUUGGCUGUUGAUGAUAACAAAACACUCGAAUCUGAUGGCGUAAAACAUGAUUUCACAUCAAUUUUUCUUUAUUUAAUUGAUCCCGAUAAAACUUUAAAUACUACAACACAAAAACAAAACGAAAAAAUCAAGGUAAAUAAAACGUUGGAUUUAAAAGAAAAACCUGAAGAUAAUCAGGGAAAAAAUGAAGAAAAUUUUAAUGCAAACGAAGAAAGACAGUCAUCAUCAGACAAACAAGUCACAAAAAAUUUUCACGUUGAUAAAAAGGAAAAUUUUGUACAAAAUUUUGACAAAGUACCUAAAAUAAUGACUGAAAAUAAUGUUAAAAAAAGAGUUGAAAUAUUUAAUAAAAAUUUUGGAGAAAAACAAAAAAUUAAAUCGCCUAAAAAUUUAAACUACUCAGGAAAUAAUUUAAGUGAAAAUAAAAAUGUUGGGGUAAAGAGUGUACCUUGUAAUUCUAAAACAUUCGUGAACCAAGAAAAACCUGAAAAUAAUGGACCUGAGUUAUCAUCAACAAAAGAAAAAAAAAUUAAAUCUGACAAUGAUUUGCACUAUAAAAAAUUAGUCGAACUACAAGAUUCGGAUCUUGUACCUAAUGUAGAACCUUUCAACUGUACAAUUUGCUUAAUGGAUUAUUUGCCUGGUCAAGGAAUUAUUCUCAAAGAUUGUCUUCACACAUUUUGCAGAGAAUGUUUAAUUGAAACUGUACAAUUUAGCGAAGAUGCUGAAGUUAAAUGUCCUUACAUAGAUGAAACCUACAGCUGUACAAGCGUUUUGCAACAGAGAGAAAUAAAAGGAUUGGUACCUCAAAAAGUUUUCGAUCAACAUUUAGCGAAAUCAGUUAAAGAAGCUGAAAACAAAAUAGAAAAUACUUUCCAUUGUAAGACACCAGAUUGUAAAGGAUGGUGUAUAUAUGAAGAUAAUUUAAAUGAAUUUUUAUGUCCUGUAUGCAAUUAUAAUAAUUGUCUCACUUGUCAUGCAAUACAUUCAGGAAUGAAUUGUAGGCAAUAUCAAGAAAAAAUGAAAAAUGACUCUGAAACAGAUGCAGAUGCAAAAAAAACUAGACUCGUAUUAGAAGAAAUGGUAGCUAAAGGAGAAGCAAUGAGUUGUCCAAAAUGCCAAAUUAUUGUUAUGAAAAAAUGGGGAUGCGACUGGUUAAAAUGUUCUAUGUGUAAGACUGAGAUUUGUUGGGUAACAAGAGGUUUUAGAUGGGGACCUGGGGGAAAAGGUGAUACUUCAGGUGGAUGUAAAUGUGGGGUAAAAGGAAUUAAAUGUCAUCCUAAAUUUGAUCUAACUGAUAAUUUACAUAAACCUAAACCGAGUAAUUAA